UAUCAUUGAAGUGGCCACAGAGGUCCGCUGCCUGGCACGCGUUAGAGACGAGCUGUCGUCGGGGUGAAGAGGACGUGCAAAGACUGCAUCACACAGAAGGAAGAUUAUCAGCUGUUUUCUGGAAGGUGUAACGGUUUCGUCGUCAACUAUCGUCUGUGUGGAUUUUAUUGAGGAGAUCACCAUAACGCACGACUGAACUGUGGAAAGAGACUGGUACACGGCGACUUAAUUUUCAGCAAAACAAUUUGGGAUUACACAUUAAGGAAUUGGUCAUUUAUUUUGACAUUGAAGCCGAUAGACGUCUCUGGCUCGUGGCUGCAGAAUUGCGCCCGGUGCCGUUUUGGAAGCUGCGAUGAACCGAGCCCUCUGAUGCGUGUAACUUUCAGCCCGAGAGGAAAAGAUGAACCUGUGCUUUGUCAGCCUUCUCCUCAUUUUGGAUUUAGUUUCCGUGGCGUUCAGUUUGUCGACAUGCAGCAUAUUGGACAUGGAGCAGUUCAAGAAGAAGCGCAUCGAGGCUGUCCGAGGGCAGAUCUUAAGCAAACUUAAACUCGCCAAUCCUCCAGAGGACUUCCCCGAGCCCGAGGACGUAUCCAGGGACAUCGUGGCCAUUUAUAACAGUACACGGGACCUACUGCAAGAGAAGGCCAAUGAACGGGCGGCAACAUGCGAGCGGCAGCGGAGUGAGGAGGAGUAUUACGCCAAGGAGGUGCACAAGAUAGAAAUGCAGCCCAUCUAUCCUUCUGAGAAUGUGAUUUCUCCCACUCUCUUCAACCCUUACUUCAGACGGCUAAUGUUUGACGUGUCCUCCAAGGAGAAGAACGCCUCCAACCUGGUGAGAGCUGAGCUGAGAAUCUUUCGUCUUCAAAAUCCUACGGCAAGAGUAGCUGAGCAGCGCAUUGAGCUCUACCAGAUUUUAGCACACAAAGACCUGACGUCGCCAACUCAACGAUACAUUGACAGCCGAGUGGUACGAACGCAAACGGAGGGCGAGUGGCUGACCUUCGAUGUGACGGAGGCAGUGAGCGAAUGGAUGAAUCACAGAGACAGAAACAGUGGAUUCAAGCUCAGCCUACAUUGUCCAUGCUGUACUUUUGUUCCAUCAAAUAACUACAUUAUUCCCAACAAGAGUGAGGAGCUGGAAGCACGGUUUGCAGGUAUUGAUGACAGCUUCGUCAGCGGUGGUGAUCUAAAAGUACUCAAGAGGCUGCGCCACAAUACUCGGACACCACACCUUCUAAUCAUGCUGCUGCCCUCAUACCGACUGGAGUCUCCGUUCCACCACAAAGCACAUCGAACAAAGAGAGCCCUGGAUGCAGCUUAUUGCUCCAGAAAUGUUCAAGACAACUGCUGCUUGAGAACGCUCUACAUUGACUUCAAGAAACACCUUGGCUGGAGGUGGAUUCAUGAGCCAAAGGGCUACGAGGCCAACUUUUGCGCUGGAGCCUGUCCUUAUCUCUGGAGUGCUGACACACAGCAUGCCAAGGUGUUGGGCCUUUAUAACAGCAUUAACCCUGAUGCAUCAGCGUCACCCUGCUGUGUGUCUCAGGACCUGGAACCCCUCACCAUCCUCUACUAUAUCGGCAAGACGCCGAAAAUAGAACACCUCUCCAAUAUGAAGGUCAAGUCUUGCAAGUGCAGCUAGAAAACUAAGCCAGCACAAGCCACACCCAACUUCCUUUCCACAAGAACGCACACACACCAAUUGCAACCAUGCUAUCUCUUCUAUUUUCACUCACACGGUCCAGUGUCAUGUGUUCAAGAUUAGCGGUACUGAACAAAUAAACUUCAUUCCAAAAUGGCACUGCUUACACUCUUACAAAUACACUACGCAGACCUUGAUUCCAUGAAGACUUUGACACCAUGUGCCUUGUAUUUGUUUUUUGUUUUUUCCAUGCUCUUUAGCAGACAUCAAAUCUGGCUGGUGAGCAAAUAUUUUGAUGCUGAACAUUAGUCCAAGUUGAAGUGUGCCUUCAGUGUGCGGUGCCCUGCUUGGCUUUCCAAGCAUCGACUCCCCUCAGCUAUCCAAUUUCAAGAUUCAACCUGUCAUAUCCAAUCAUGCCUCUUUCUCCUGUAAGGGUAACAGUGCAGUUAUUUUGGUGCUAACAGAAUUAGACUGGGGUAUUGUUCCCAUGUAGCUAAACAAACAAAACAAAAGGCUCGAAGAGUAAGAAAUCCUGACUAUUUCUUAAUGACAAUGAACACCAUGAAUUAAUAUUUAUACAAGACAUCGGCAACUACCUGAAAUGUUUUGUGCGGUGUUUGCCAUACAUUAAGAUGAUAAAUUACCACUGUCUUUCAGAGAAACACAGUGGAAUUAAUCGUGAUCCAGUUGUGGUGAGAUCAACUAAUACUCAGGGCUCUAUUUUUAUUGGCAGCGCACAUGAGCAUGGGUGUAUAAACUGGCACAUCUUGAUUUUCAUGGCGACGCAAGCCUUGUUUAGAAUUUGACAGAUCAUGCCGUGCCAUGCCGUGCAUUCCGGCAGACCCAGAGCCUUUUCUUUUACGUGGCCCCGGCGCGCCUGAUGACUUGGUGGCUGAAAGUAGGCUAAAAUGGCCCUGAGUCUUGACUUCCCUUAUUUUAACUCAAAAUAAAAAGUACCAAACAGUUCUGUCCCUUAUUAGUUAAUUCAAUUGAGGAGAAUUGCUGUACGUAUUCUACAGCUUUGUUCAUUGAAAUGGUUACAUUUUCCUGAUUGACAGAAGAAAACUGAAAAUUACAAUUACUGUUGACUUGUCUCGACAUGAUCUAUCACAUAUCAAUAGAUGACACCUUUAGAGCAGUGUUUCCCAACCGUCAGUGGGCGGAGGCACCCAUUUCCCAUUCGAACAAUUUCAUGAAAACUAUGAACACUGAAAAAAUGGUGAUCUGGUCUCAAUUUACCCACAAACUGACUUACCCCAUGUGAAAUGUCGAUCUUUUUAAUUGAACACAUAGGCGUUUACCUCGUAAACCUUACCAUGAAGUUAUUUUGUUGGAUGAAUGGCAACCGGGAGAUACACAGGUUCAUUUUACCAUCUGCCAUCAAAUGGAAGAGCAUUUAUUUGUUCUGCCCGUCACUAUACAUCACUGGCAUUGAUAGAUGAAGAUAUAUACAUACAGGUAUAUAUACAGGUCUUCAUAAUUAAUUAAAAAAAAAAAUUGGGGCAGACUAAGUGCGAUUGGAUAAUUUCUAGCGGCACCCCUGAUGCGCUCUCAAGGCACACUUGUGUGACAUGACACUCUCACUGGCUGGGAACCAUUGCCCUCCAGAAAACCUUGUCACAUGUUGAUAGCAGCCUUCGUACAACAGUGACACUGCCAAGAGGUUAUUGAAUAAAUGAAUCAGUAAAACCCUGGUCGGAAAAAAAACAACAUUUUUAACAUGAAGGAUGAAAUAAUAGCGUUAGUAAUGUAAUGACAAAAUGUUGAUUGCCAUCUCAACGAUGCGCAAGUGGAUGUGCCCUUUUUUUCAAUGGGCUUCUAUAGAAGGCCCAGUCAACAUGAAUCACCUCACGCGCUUGUCGCACGAGACAGAUUAAGGCAAACACUGGAAGUUUAUGUGAUAAGUGUCUACAUGUGAAAUGAGUUCUGAAAAUUACACAGAUCCACCCUCAAUCCCCAUCCACCUUUGCGCUCGCGCUUAUUCAAUCAUACCACCUCCUCAUUUGCAUCUGUCUUUGUUUGUAUCCUUUGUAUUUUUUUAUGUGUUCAUUGUCUUGCUAUUUAAGAUGUUCGUGCUUCGGUGCGCUACACUCAAGAAACUUUGAAUAUAUUCGAGAAGUGGAAAUGCAACCUCGCCGACCCUUUGUAUCUGUCAGGUGGUCCAUUAAAGAUUUUUUUGUUGUAAAAUGUUAAUAGUUUUGGAAAUAACUGCUGUCCGCUUAUACAGUGAAAGGGUGAGCAACUUGUGCAAGUGCUCCAGAUGUGCAGCUUGAUUUCCAAACGGUUUUCAAAAGAGUUCACUCGAUAAAAUAUUUGUGUCUGUCAUUAAAAAAAAAAAAAACAUGGUUUGGGAGUGAAACUCAGUUUGCACACGUUGCAGCAAAUAGAUGGCUAUUCUGUAGAACAAAGCAAUAAGCAGCUGGAAGAUUGUUCAUUUUCUGACAGGCCUAAGACCUUUGUAGGUGGAGCGCAUCUUACAAAAAGACUAAUGACAUCGAGUUGCUGUAGCUUCCUCGUUAUAUAUUUCAGACCACAUACUGUAGUGAGCAUGUUGAUAACAUGGGCAUUAAAGCAAUUAUUAUGAUGCGUGUCAAACAUUUGACAUUGGCAGUGCUGCGGCAUUUGUUGAAUGCGAAAGAUGGAAGAAGCUACUGAAAUGGCAACCAUUCAGUUUGAGAUAAUGCAAGCAGCAAUUACUUUUUCUUAAGAUUCUAGUUGGUUCCAAGAAAUGUACUUUUUUUAUUUUUUGGCUAUUCUCACAUGCUCUGGAAAAAACAGCAUUGCUUAAUCGUGUCAUCUUAUAUCUCAAUUUGAAGUAGGCCAACUUGGAGCAAAUACAGCUAUUCAAAACAGCCGCAAUGAAGAAAUAGGCUUGCAAAUUCCAACAUCAAAACUUUCCUUGGGAAUAUAUAAUGGGAAUAUAUAAACAUUAACAGAAACUAAUUCAUUGGAAUAAAUUUGAAAUUUGCAGUUUAGUUAUGAAUGGGAAAUGUUAUAUAAAUGUAGGGGAACAAUGUUUUGCAGCAGUAUAUUUCUUCACAGUUAGACUGAUUUUUUUUUUUAUUUCUAUUUUGAUUUUGGAGCUAUUGCUGGAAAUGUUUUCAUUCUAUUUUUAAAAAAAAUCAGUUUGUAAGUCCUCUUUUCUGUUCAAGUUGGUUAAGCAUUGAGAUCUCACAGAAUUGCAAGUGUCUGCAUUAAGCACGAAAAUCUUGUCAUCGAAUACAUUUGUUAAGCACUGCAUCCAGUAUGUAUUGUACAGGAUAUAUAUUUGUUGGAGUCAAGAAUAAUGUCCGGUUCAAUAGCACGGACUGAAUAUUUAUUCUCGAGGAAACAAACCUCUCGUGAAUAUGUUAACACAGUUUAGCUGAGGUUGUCCAUCCCUUUGCAAGCCAACUAAUCAUCAAAUAUGAUCUGUCUGUGACUGCCACACGAAAAAGUGUGCAACACAACAUAUUAUUUUGCAACCAACAACUGAAAUGAGACACUAUUGAAAAGUCUCUUUUUUUUCCUUCCUUCCUUAGGAAAUAAAUCUCCAAAAUUCCUGGGAUUAUUAUUAAUUUUUUUUGAAGCAAGCAAAUCCAAAUUUGUGUCCAGUCUAUCCCUAACAUGACAAAAAUGGCUUCUGCCAUUCGUGUCCCUUUCACUGUACUUCAUUUGGAUUUUGAUCGUUUUGCUUGUGGCCUUGUGGAAUCUCGAAGAGUUGAACCUUGAGCCGUCAUUUGCGGUUGAAUCAAAAAUUUUCCAUCCAUGGAGAAACUAAAAGCGAUGACAUUUUAUACACAUAUUGGGUGAAUAUUGGUGUCAUGUCAUGCUCUCACCAUAGUCAUGUGCUUAGCUCACAGUGGUUAGGAAAGCUCUCGGUCUUCUGGUGAGGUCUUUUGACAAGUGAUGACAGUGCACAUGCAGAAACGCUGCAUACGAUUAGUGUCAUUUGAAGAAUUUAGGAAGGUCGCUGACUAGAAGAAGAGGCCUUUCAAAUGUUUUCAAGAUGGAAGAACAUUACAAAACGUAUCAGUCAGACAAUGGCCAAUUGAUCCACUUUGUUCGAGGUUAGGAAAAUGUCAUCACUGAGCCAUACUGUAUUUCUGCCAAUAUGACGCUUUUGUUUCACCCUCGUCUGUCUGUCAUUAGCUUUCAAAACAAAUUGCACUGAUGUUGUUUUCAUUUUGUUUUUAGUGUAUUAAAAAGAGAAGGUAUUCCCUUUAUAUUUUAGUUAGUCAACCCCAGUCCCCUACUCCCUCCACCUUCAUCAAACAAGGAGUGUGGAUAACCAGCCCAAACGGGCAAUGCCAGUGGACAUCCUGACUAGCAGGGAAAAAGAUUUCUACACACCUUUUUUGUUGUUGUUUUUUUUUUUUAUUGUAUUUUUUGUUUUUCAUGAUGUGAUUGUGACCCACUAUGUUGUACUGUAAUAGGGUAUAUUGUGGUGCUCUAGUGGAAAAUAAAUUAUUUAUGAUUCAA